AUGGUAAAACAAUUUUUCUUCUUUCGCACAGAUGAUGUCGAUAACAACAAUACUAUUCAUAUUCUUAUUGGAGCUCCUUCACAUCGACUGACUGGUUUAACAGCUUUGGUAAAUUCCAUCCAGAGUAACACAAAUGCCUCCCUUAAGUUUCACUUGGUGACCAAUAAAGAAGGAGCCAAUCAUUUGUCAAUUUGGAUGGAUACAGUAAAGCUACAAGCUGUCAAACGAGAGAUAAUCAUAUUUAAUAACAAUUGGAUCAGAGGAAGGAUUUUACUUUCUCAAAGAGGAAGGCGCUGGAAAGAAUUUUCUGACCCAAUCACAUUUUGUCGUUACUAUCUUCCACAGAUAUUUCCAAACUUUGAUGGUCGAGUGAUUUACAUGGAUGAUGACUGCAUAGUUCAAGGUGACAUAAAAGAGCUAUAUUCUACUACGAUAUCCAAGAAACAUGUUGCAGCUUUUUCUACUUUAUGUCAAGAAAUUGAUGAAACUUUUUCAAUUACUCGUGGUUCAUAUGGUGAGAUACUGAAUUAUCGUAACAAGAGAGUACAACAGCUUGAAAUUCCUGACACAACCUGUAUGGUCAACAGUGGCCUGUUUGUUGCUGACAUAAUAAAGUGGAAAGAAAGAAACAUUACAGAGCAGCUGGAAUACUGGACAGAACUAAAUGCAAGAGAAACAAUAUUCUUUCAAGCAGGUGAUCAGCCAGUGUUUAUGACAGUUUUCCAUGGUCUCUUCUCACUGGUAAACCCCUAUUGGCAUGUUCGACAUCUAGGUUACAGUGCUGGAGGUCGGUAUCCAACACAAUUUCUAGAGAAAAAGGCAAAACUUCUGCAUUGGAACGGUGAAAAUAAACCAUGGCACUUUCCACAACAAUAUGGAGCUCACAUAUGGAAAAAAUAUCAAGUGCCAGAUCCCCUGGAAGUUCCAAAACUGUCAAAUGCAUAUCCAAAGAAUUCACCAAACAAACAAUAGAUUAUAAUAUAAAGAAAAUAUAGUACUUUUCCAACUACUACUUGUUGUUCUAUUAGAUCUGGAGAUAUCUUUCACAAACAAAAACUUUGUACAUGUGUGUAUUUAAGUAGUUUUACUCUGGUUGCUCUUCAGAGAGCUGAGCUACCUCUUCACUAAAGCACAAACUUGAUUAAUUAGUAAAAUCAAUUGUAUAGUUAUAACUUUAUUUAGUAGAAGUACAA